GGUGAAAUGAAGUCUCGGUGUUGGUCCACUCUCCGGCCCCUGUGGCCGUUGCUGUUAGCUGGACUCUUUCUGUCGGCAGGGGCCCUGGAGUUCGGCGGCGCUCCCGGCCAGUGGGCGCGUUACUCCCGUUGGGAAGCAGGAUCGAUCGGGGAGCUCAGCUUCAGCCUGAAGACCAAUGUGAGCAAGGCUCUGGUUCUGUACUUGGACGACGGUGGGAACUGUGACUUCUUGGAGCUGCUCAUCGGCGAAGGACACCUUCAGCUCCGAUUCGCCAUCCACUGCGCCGAACCGGCCAGCCUGCAGAUGGAGACCCGCGUCAACGACGACCGCUGGCACAUGGUCCUGCUCACCCGAAACUACCGCGAGACCAUGCUGAUGGUGGACGGGGAAACCAAAGUGGCUGAAGUCCGUUCCAAGCGCAAAGAAAUGGCCGUCGUCAGCGACCUCUUCGUAGGGGGGAUUCCCCCGGACGUACGGCUGUCCGCGCUCACGUCCAGCACGGUGAAAUACGAGCCUCCCUUCAUGGGCCUGAUCUCCAACCUGAAGGUGGGCGAGAUGCCUCCCUCUCUUCUCAACAGCAACGGCAUUCACAACGAUCUGGAGUAUCUGUGCACCAAGCAGAACCCCUGCCUCAAUGGAGGAUACUGCACCGUCCAGUUCGGGGAGGUCCACUGCGACUGCUCUCACACACGCUUCCGGGGGAAAUACUGCAAAGAAGGAACAGAAGAGUACGCUGUGGAAGGUCUGGCGCACCUGACGUUAAACAGCCAAGGUAUGGUUCAUUCCGUUUUCCAUUCUUUUGUUUAGUGAGGAAUCAGAUCUGUGGGUCUCUCUCUCUCUC